UAAGCCACAACUUUAUUUUGGAGCGAAGAUACGAUAGCAACAUGCUUCUUCUCUGCAGGGCUUCAACGAUGAUUCAAUCUCUGCCAAAAACUAUCACUGCCACUUCUGCAAACCCCAACAAACCAUCCUGGAACGUAAUCAAUUCCAAUGCCACCGAAAGAACCGCCUCUUCACCGCCGAGAAGAGCCAUGUCAUCCGCUUUCGAAGCUCGUGUGUCUCUCGUCUUUGCUAUUGCUUCCCAGUCUUCCAAUGUCUCUCGGCGACUUUUGUUCGAUUUGGCAAAUGAGACUGCGAAAUACUUGUUUCCUAGGAGGUUCGAAAGCCGCAAUGUGGAGGAAGCAUUGAUGGCUGUUCCGGAUCUUGAAACUGUGGAGUACAAAGUAUUGAGUAGGAGAGAUCAGUACGAGAUUAGAGAAGUUGAGCCUUACUUUAUAGCGGAGACAACAAUGCCAGGGACGAGUGGAUUUGAUUUCAAUGGUGCAUCUCAGUCUUUCAAUGUCUUAGCCGAAUACUUGUUUGGUAAGAAUACAACAAAGGAGAAAAUGGAAAUGACUACACCUGUUUUUACGCGCAAGAGUCAAUCUGAUGGAGAGAGAAUGGAAAUGACAACACCUGUGAUAGCAAAGAAGGUGGAAGAUCAGGAUAAGUGGCAGAUGUCCUUUGUCAUGCCGUCCAAAUAUGGUGCCGAUUUGCCAUUUCCUAAAGAUCCAAAAGUGAAGAUUAAAGAGGUGCCAAGGAAAAUUGUUGCAGUUGUGGCCUUUUCAGGUUUUGUUACCGAUGAAGAUGUUAAACGACGGGAAUUGAAGUUACGAAAUGCUUUGAAAAAUGACAUGCAGUUUAGAGUAAAAGAGGGUGCUUCAGUGGAAGUUGCACAGUAUAAUCCCCCUUUUACACUUCCAUUUACACGGCGCAAUGAGAUUGCAUUAGAAGUAGAAAAGAAGGAAGGAUAGCUGCUUGAUACUGAUUCUAUAAUCUUGAGGUAUACUGUAUAUUGAUUUUACUUUCCCCUGUAAAUUAAGAAUAUUCUACUCCAUGGAUAUCCAUUAAAUGAAACUAUCAAUAUUGCUUAUAUAUAUAAACUUUGUGAAUUAUUUCUCUUGAAUUACAACUGUACAUCAAACUUAUGCACAGCAAUAGGAAAUUUACUGAUUCUUUGAUAA